CCCGACCCGAAAACACAAAACCCAACAUCUUUAACCCCUCUAAAACCACCACCCCCUUUCACUCCAUUCCCCCAGCAACAAAAUGGCCUCACAUUCACCCCUCUUCCUCUCCAUCACCCUUCUCACCAUCUUCACACUUGCAGGUUUUUUAACAUUUGCAGAAUGUGGUUCGAUCGGUGUGAACUACGGCCGGGUCGCAAGCAACCUCCCAUCACCAACAAAAGUAAUCCACCUCCUAAAAUCCCAAAACAUCAACCGGGUCAAAGUCUACGACACCGACCCGACAAUCCUAACCGCCCUAUCCGGAUCCGACAUCAAAGUCACAGUAGACCUCCCUAACGAACUCCUCAAAACCGCCGCUAAAAAACCAUCAUUCGCCACUAAUUGGGUCCAAAACAACAUUCUACCAUACCACCCCAAAACUCAAAUCGAAUCAAUAGCCGUAGGUAACGAAGUAUUCGUCGACCCGAAAAACACAACCGGGUAUUUAGUACCCGCUAUGAAAAAUAUCCAUCAAGCCUUGGUUAAAUUUAACCUACAUUCCGUUAUUAAAAUAUCAUCUCCCGUUGCGUUAAGUGCGUUACAGAAUUCUUACCCGUCCUCAGCCGGUUCGUUUAGACCGGAGCUGAUUGAACCGGUUUUUAAACCGAUGUUUAAUUUUUUGCGUCAAACCGGGUCUUACCUGAUGGUGAAUGCGUACCCGUUUUUUGCUUAUGAGUCAAAUGCUGACGUCAUAUCUCUUGAUUAUGCGCUUUUUCGUGAGAACCCUGGGGUGGUUGAUGGUGGUAACGGGUUACGUUAUUUUAGUCUGUUUGAUGCUCAGAUUGAUGCGGUUUUUGCUGCGAUGUCGGCGAUGAAGUUUGAUGAUAUUCCGGUGGUCGUGACGGAGACUGGAUGGCCGUCCAAAGGUGAAGGUAACGAGAUCGGAGCUAGCGUUGAAAACGCGGCAGCAUACAACGGAAAUCUGGUCAAACGGAUACUCACGGGCGCCGGAACACCGCUCCGGCCAAACGCAAAACUAACCGUUUUUCUGUUUGCGUUGUUUAACGAAAACGAGAAAAACGGGCCAGAGUCGGAGCGGAACUACGGAUUAUUUUACCCGAACGGGGAGAAGGUGUAUACGGUGCCGUUUACGGUGAACGAUUUGAAGGAAUACAGAGAUAAACAGUCGCCGGUGGUCGGAUCGGGUCGGGUUAAGGCUUUGGAUCCGGUGAAAGGGGGCGGGUUCGGGUCGGGUACGUGGUGUGUGGCGAGUGACGUGGGGAGGGAGAGGCUGCAAAUGGCGUUGGAUUAUGCGUGUGGGGAAGGCGGGGCUGAUUGCCGUCCGAUUCAACCGGGUGCCACGUGUUUUGAUCCUGAUACGAUUGAGGCUCAUGCGUCUUUUGCGUUUAAUAGUUUUUAUCAGAAGACUGGACGUGCUGCUGGCUCAUGUUAUUUUGGUGGGGCUGCUCGUAUUGUAACGCAACCACCUAAAUAUGGGAAAUGUGAGUUCCCCACUGGAUACUAAAAAGGUUCAAGAGAUGCUAGUAUUAAUAGUAGAUUUGUAUCUUUACUUAUUUUAUAAUUUUUUAGUUAAGAGUGGUAGUAAUAGUAGAUUUGUAUCUUUAAUUAUUUUAUAAUUUUUUAGUUAAGAGUGGUAGUAGAUAAUCUAAUAAAUUCAUUUUGCAAAUUGUUAUUUCA